AAAAUGAACCACUCAUCAUUGCACAACCAAAACACUUCUCGCUAAAGCACUGCAUGCACAUCACAAGUGGCACACAAUCAUAAAUUAGCACCACGUGUUUUGACCAGAGCUAUAAUUGAUGAAGCAUUGGAAAUGAUAUGCUAUUUUACGUACUGGUGGUAAUGAGCAAGCGCUUUGAGGUGCAUGAUGAAGAUGUGGUGAGCAAGAAUGAGAUGAAAGAGAAGAACUUAUCGGUUAGACAGAUGGAGGAGGGUGAAGAUGGUAAGGAUGGGGGUAAGGAUGGGGGUAAGGAUGGAGGUAAGGAUGGAGGUAAGGAUGGAGGUACCAGCACCAAUUCUAAUGCACUCUUUGAUGGUGAUGCAGAACUAAAACCAAGAGAAGAAGAUUCUACGGAGCACAUCGCUAAGUACUCCUCAAAAGCACACAAUAACAACCGCGUAGCAUUUCAAUCUCUCAAAUCGCUAAAAAAGCAAAAAAAAAUAGAAAGACACGAAAGGAACUCGCAAAUAAAAGUGACUGACCUGAAUUACUUCAAGGAUGAGGUGAAGAGGAACCAUAACUCGCACGUGCACCGUGUGGGCAGCUUUGCUAACAAAGCGUACUACACGUACUUUUCGUACCACCCUAGUAUUAGGCAUAGUGCAUGGGUGUUUCAUAAUGCACACCAUGGUGUGCGUGAUGGAUGGAGAGAUUACUACGAAUAGGCGUACCACGGUGCACACACAGCAUUACAACUAAGCGUACGGCACGUACCGCAGUAAAUAAAUCGUACC